UUUAUAUUCAUGAUAAGAACUACUUCAAUAAAUUCAAUCUUAACAACUAAUUAUAACUCAUGACAUAUUUCUCAUCCAAGUUAUUUACUCGAGUUAUCACUAACUUUACACAUCCAUGGAUAAGACAGCUCAAAGAUUAACCAUCCCUAGCCCCACUGUAUCAUCUUUAGUUUUCAUAGUCAUACGCCAUUUUCACCAUCUUAAACGCAACCUCCUCUAUAUAUACCCUUGGAAUUCUCUUCAAUCUCUCACUCCAAGCCAAGAGAAAAUGUUAAGCUAAUAAUACAUUCUUAUAAUUAUUAUUUUCAUUGACAUACAUACAUAAAUAAUAAAUAAUAACUAUGAGUAAAAAAUAUUCCAGUAGUACUUAUUUUAUUCUCAUUUUAGUCAUUGUUCUCCAUGCGUUUGCUUAUUCCGGCGAGUCAAGGCGGCCAUUUGCAUGCGACCCAGCGAACCCGGGGACACGAAACCUGCAGUUCUGCAAGGCGUCGCUACCAAUACACGUACGUGUUCAGGACUUAAUAGGACGAUUAACAUUGCAGGAGAAGAUUAGGUUGCUUGUGAACAAUGCUGCAUCGGUGGAAAGGCUGGGUGUCAAUGGCUAUGAGUGGUGGUCUGAGGCACUUCACGGCAUCUCUAACACCGGCCCUGGCGUUAAGUUUGGUGACGCCUUCCCUGGCGCCACCAGCUUCCCUCAAGUCAUUACUACUGCUGCUUCCUUUAACACUUCCUUGUGGCAAGAAAUUGGCCGGGUAGUUUCUGACGAAGGAAGAGCCAUGUAUAAUGGAGGAGCAGCAGGACUAACAUUUUGGAGUCCAAAUGUGAAUAUAUUAAGAGACCCAAGGUGGGGAAGGUGCCAAGAAACACCCGGGGAGGACCCUCAUUUGGUUGCACAAUAUGCCGUCAGCUACGUAAAGGGACUCCAAGGCGGCAGCGACAGCGGCAAUACCGGCCGCUUGAAGGUGGCCGCUUGCUGCAAACAUUACACUGCUUAUGAUCUUGAUGAUUGGAAUGGGUUUGAUCGUUACCACUUCAAUGCUAAGGUAAGCAAGCAGGACUUAGAGGACACGUACAAUGUGCCAUUCAAGGCAUGUGUGGUUGAAGGAAAUGUAGCGAGUGUGAUGUGCUCUUACAACCAGAUCAAUGGAAAGCCAUCGUGUGCUGACCCUACACUUCUCCGUGACACAAUUCGUGCCCAAUGGCAUCUUAACGGAUACAUCGUAUCAGAUUGUGAUUCUGUUGGAGUUUUAUUCUAUCAACAACAUUACACCCGUUUCCCCGAAGAUGCUGCAGCAGCCACUAUCAAAGCUGGUUUGGACUUGGACUGUGGACCUUUCCUAGCCAUCCACACAGAGCAGGCCGUCCGUACAGGCAAAGUUUCAGAACUGGAAAUCAAAUAUGCUUUAGCCAAUACAAUUACGGUCCAGAUGCGUCUGGGUAUGUUCGAUGGUCCAAGUGGACCUUAUGCAAAUUUGGGUCCAAGAGAUGUGUGCACUCCAGCCCAUCAACAGUUGGCCCUGCAAGCAGCUCGUGAAGGCUUGGUUCUUCUAAAAAAUAUUGGACGGGCUCUGCCACUGUCCCCUCAGCGCCACCGGACCGUUGCUGUUAUUGGGCCCAAUUCAGAUGCUACAGUUGCCAUGAUUGGCAAUUAUGCUGGUGUUCCAUGUGGUUAUAUUUCUCCGUUACAAGGAAUUGCAAGAUACGCAAGGACAGUUCACCAGUACGGAUGCAUGGGAGUAACUUGUCCAGGGAACCAACAAUUCGGAUUAGCGGAAGUGGCAGCACGGCACGCGGAUGCCACGGUGUUGGUGAUGGGGCUUGACCAAUCCAUCGAAGCAGAAGCUAGGGACAGAGUUAGCCUUCUUCUACCAAGAUACCAACAGGAGCUUAUUUCUAGGGUUGCUAUGGCUUCUAGAGGCCCCGUAGUAUUGGUUUUGAUGUCUGGCGGCCCCAUCGAUGUGACAUUUGCUAAAAAUGAUCCUCGUGUUUCGGCUAUUCUCUGGGCUGGCUACCCUGGCCAGGCUGGUGGAGCUGCCAUUGCGGAUGUUCUCUUUGGAACAGCCAACCCAGUGUCCGAUACCCUCAUUGGAGUCGGACUAAUCCGGAUUCGCGCCGCGUAGGGCCCCAUUCGGGGAGAAGCGCUCCCAGCAGAGUUUUCUCCAUGCCGUCAAACUCUUGACCUCUGGUUAAGGGUGGAGCAGCCCCAUCCGCUGCACCACAGCCCAUGUUGGUUGCUAGUGUUUAUUUUACUCUCUCCUUUCUUCGUAUGAUACAAUAAAACUUUGAACAUGCAUACUUCAGGGGGGAAGCUGCCAAUGACAUGGUAUCCACAAGAUUAUGUAGCAAAAGUGUCCAUGACAAAUAUGGACAUGAGAGCUGAUCCAAUAAAAGGAUAUCCUGGUAGAACCUACAGAUUCUACAAAGGCCCUACAGUUUUUCCAUUUGGGGCAGGCUUUAGCUACACUAGAUUCAGUCAGCGCUUAGUCUCCGCUCCAACAACUAUUUCAGUGCCAACUCUUCAUUCUGAUCUUGAAGGGAACAACACAACAACAUUAAUGAAACAGAAAACAGUUAGAACAAUACAUACCAAUUGUGAGUCACUUGACUUAAACAUGCACAUUGAUGUAAAGAACAUAGGGGACAUGGACGGAACACACACAAUCCUCAUCUUCUCAACCUCACCUUUGGGAACGAAACAACUAGUCGCGUUUGAUAAAGUUCAUGUCGUGGCUGGGGCUAAUCAGAGAGUCAAGAUCAAAAUGAAUGUCUGCAAACACCUUAGCGUAGCUGAUGAAUACGGAAUUCGAAGAAUUUUCAUGGGAGAACACAAAAUCCACGUCGAUGACGACCUCAAACAUUCUAUAACAUUCCAAGCUUCCUUGAAGGAGAUCCAAGUCUAAAAUUUUUUUUAAGGACUAGGUCAUAUAUAGUGUUUGGUUUCUUCUUGCAAUUAAUAUUUCUUAUUUAUUUCUUUCCCUUAGCAAGUCAAUAACAAGUCUGUUGAUUGUGAAAGAGAGGAAAAGGUUAAGAACAAUAUUAAAGAUUUGUGGCGUAUUAAGAGAUGUGGCAUAUUAAGAGAAAA